AUGCAGUGGUCCUAUUACAAGAGCAGAUGCGCUUAUGUCAACCUGGCGACCUUCAGCGCUUUCAUGUCCGAACUAGUGGUGAUGGCUUCGGACGUUACGCUUCCAAUAGACGGUCUCACCAUGAACGCGAGAUCCAUCAAACCGGGGAAGGAAAAACCGAAGCUGUAUGUACACUCCGAGGAAACGAAAACUGGACAAGUAGUGGACUACGACAAGAAGCCGUCAGUGGAGUCGAUGAAGAAGACCUGCACGUACUGUGCCUGUGCGAAUCAUGAAAUCGUGAACUGCGUACAGUUCAAGGGACUCGAUCUGGAUGGGAGAUGGAAGGCGAUCAAACAAAAGAAUUUGUGCAGAAGCUGUCUCAUACCACAUCGGAAGUGGCCCUGCCGUUCUAACAAGGAGUGCGGCGUCGAUGGAUGCAGAGUUCAUCAUCACAAGCUACUGCAUUCAACUAGGAAUCCCUCGCAAAACAGAGUGGAAGCAGGAAGCUCGUCGCGGUCUACGAAUAACGUUGUGCACCAAAAUCUCCACUCUUCGGUUGCAUACUCUUUGUUUCGAUAUUUACCCGUGACUAUGCAUGGUAACGGUCAGCAAAUCAACACCUAUGCUUUUCUGGAUGAUGGUUCGUCGUCUACCCUCCUUGAAUCCAGUAUUGCAUCGGCGCUGGGUAUCACGGGGCCAACCGACAACUUUUGUUUGAGUUGGACCGGAAAUAUUUCGAGGGAGGAGAAAGGAUCUCAACGUGUAACCGUGGUUAUCUCUGGCGUUAGAGAGAAGUUCAAACUCAGCAACGUUCGGACAGUGCAAGAGCUUCAACUUCCAAGUCAAACAAUGCAGUAUGAAGAGUUGCAGCAGACCUACCCGCACCUGAAGGGUCUGCCAGUUCGCAGUUAUACGGAAGCUACGCCGGGGAUCAUUAUCGGACUAGAACACGUUCGACUUCUAACUUCGUUGCGAGUACGAGAAGGUAAAGACAACGAACCUGUGGCGACGAAGACGCGCCUCGGAUGGUGCAUUUUCGGAAAGAACUCCGGCAAUGAUUCCGUGCUGGAACAAUUGAAUCUGCACCUUGAUGGUGAUCCCGAUAAUCGAGAACUACAUCUGUGGAUGAAGCAAUUCUUCGCAGUCGAAGAGUCCAGCGUUACCAUAAAACCGGAAGCUGAAGAAGAUAAGCGAGCGUGGAAGAUAAUGGAAGCUACGACCCGAAGGGUGAAUGGCGCUUUCGAGACGGGACUUUUAUGGAAGUACGAUCACAUCUGCUUCCCUGAUAGCUACCCAAUGGCGCUACGUCGGCUGAACGCACUGGUCAAGCGAUUGCGAAAGGACCCAAUCCUCGAAGCGAAGGUGAGGGAGCAGAUUGCAGAGUAUGAAGCGAAAGGGUAUGCACAUCGUAUCACGGCAGACGAGCUGCAGUCUACGGAUCCCAGCAAGGUCUGGUAUCUACCUCUAGGUAUUGUGCAGAACUCGAAGAAACCGGCCAAGUUACGGCUGAUCUGGGAUGCCAAGGCUCGAGCUGGAGGAGUGUCUUUCAACGAUAUGUUGAUGAAGGGUCCGGACCUUUUGGUGGCGCUGGUAGCAGUACUGUUGCGUUUCAGGCAGAGGGACAUUGCUAUCGUCGGCGACAUAAAGGAGAUGUUUCACCAGCUCCGCAUCCGGGACGAAGACAAACAAUCACAGCGUUUCCUUUUCUGCCUUGAACCAGGAUCGAAUCCACAGAUCUACAUAAUGGAUGUCGCCUUUUUCGGUGCGACCUGCUCGCCUAGUCUGGCACAGUUCGUGAAGAACGUGAACGCGAAGGAAUUUGCCGAGACAUUUCCCAGGGCGGUGAAUGCAAUAAUUCAUAACCACUACGUUGACGAUUUCUUGGAUAGUGUAGACACGGAAGAGGAAGCUGUGGCGUUGAUCAACGAGGUGAAAUACAUCCACUCUCAAGCAGGGUUUGAAAUCCGAAACUUCUGCUCCAAUUCGGCCGAAGUACUGGCAAGCAUCGGGGAAUGCAGAACACCACAGGAAGUAUCCAUGAACUUGGAGAAAUCGACAGACUCGGAGCGUAUACUGGGUCUGGUGUGGAGGCCAAAAGAGGACGUCUUCACCUUCGAUAUGAGCAGUCUCAAGGAAGAGAUCAAAACGUUGAUUAGCGGCUCAACGGUCCCAACCAAACGGCAGGUUCUGCGCACUGUCAUGUCGUUAUUUGAUCCGCUGGGACUGGUUUCGCAUUUCGUCGUGCACGGAAAAAUCUUAAUGCAGCAGAUCUGGAGAUCCGGUACCGAUUGGGACGAACCUAUUCCGGAGGAAUUGCAGGAUAAGUGGCGGUGUUGGUGUGAGUACAUGCAGCGCUUGGAAGAGGUGGCAGUACCGCGAUGCUUCUUCAAAGGAGUGAACAGCUCCGCUCUCGAGAACGUCGAGGCACAUCUAUUCGUAGAUGCGAGCGAAGUGGCUUGCGCAGCAGUUUUGUAUCUUCGCUUCGUGGACAACGGUUCUCCUCGAUGCGCGUUGGUGGCGGCUAAAACAAAAGUUGCUCCGCUGAAACCCCUUUCCGUGCCACGUCUGGAGCUACAAGCGGCGAUUGUUCGGGGAGCGUCUGUCGACCACCAGGAAGCCUGA